AUGCUUGGCUUGGCCCCCUGGGUCGUUGCGACAAUCUCGUUGGUCACAGCCGCCUUCCUCCUUCUCUUUCUCUUCCUCUUCUGCCGCUACUAUGUACUCCGAGACUCUUCUGAAGACUCAGAGGCCCUGCUACCCCGACAAGAUGCGGAGCCACAUACCUCACCGUUCCAGAAAAUCGCAGGGGUCCUCGCCGCCCUCAAUACUGGAAAAUACCCAUCGCAGAACCAAAUCGGAAGGGCUCUUCAGAUAUUACUUAGAUCGAGUGCUUUGAGUCUUGAUGCGCCAACAGAAGUUCUUGGAGCUAGGCCGAGGAGUAGUCUUAGUGUCUCGGGUCGGAGGCUUAUUGAACAUGUUAGAGAGAUCAUCGAGGCGGUGCUUCGAAUCGGGUUGGAGAAAAACAGUGAUGAUAUUAUUCAGCGGUGUCUCCAUGCACUGGCUGGCUCGAAUGUAGCGUCGCCUGCUUUUCAUGCAGAGUUGAAUUUGUCGUCCGAUCCAGAUGGAGGGAUGGAUGCCAUAGCAUCCGAGCUGCCUUCUUCAGAGGAGUUGAGUUCGGACACCGUCGAGCUCCUAGCUUGCAUCAAACAAGUCUCGCAACUCCUACUCACCUCUGCGGUCUUUCGCAUCAUUCUCUCGGAUAUCCUCACCACCGCACAAGAAAUAGCGGCAGCCGUCGCCGUGGAGGUUGAGACUUUUGCUUCCCAAGUGGAGCUGGGUGCCGAAGAGGUGGAACAUGCCGUCCGGGCUGGAAACUUGUCUUUGGACGACGCGAAAGCAAAGUUUGAGGAAACGAAGGAAGAUGUUUUGAACCUUGCGGAACAGAAACGAGAACAUCUAACGGAGGUGCAGACGGAGGCUGCGGUGAAGCUGAAGAAUACAGUCUUGUCUCGCAUUCAACAGCUCAUUGUCACCGCGCGUGAAAAUCCAAAACAUCGUCGUUCAUUCCAAACCAUAAUAACGCUCGUCCGGAAACACGCUCACAAACUGCAGGCCGCCUCCACCGCUGCCGCCGACCUCGACGUGGACACUCGGGCUGCCGUACGACCUACCAUCAAUACGGAUCCGCGACUGCGCCACGCCCUAUCACUCCUACAGCAGAUACUGCAACGCUUUGCGUCCGGUCAUUCUCUUGACCCUGUCUUGCGCGUAGGCUAUCAAGUGGUCUUGGACAUCGUCAACCUGCCAGUCGAGGCUGAAGCCGGCGUCAAGGUAUUCUUUCGCGACUUGGGCCGGUGGCUCGACCAGGCGCUGGCAGAAGAUGGAUUUGCUACCUCUUGGAAUGGAGGUCGCACUCUAGAGCAGCUGUACGAUCGUGGCCGAACCCUCCUUGCCGACGAGUCGAACUCUUCACUUCGAGAGGCUUGCACCUCUCUCAUACAAGAGCUACAUGAGUUUGUCGAAGCGCUUCAAUCUGAUCGUUCGACCCGACGGCUGAUCAACGCAAUUGACGGCAUAUCCUCCGAUGUCUCAGACUUCGGGCGCACCGCUGCCAAAAGCACUGUCCAAGAGUCGAGACGGCGGAGAGACGAGCUCAAACGUGAUGCGUUAGCUUGGCUGCUUCCGAGGAUCCUCGCGGCUAUCCACGUCCUCCCUUUACCCCGAGUAGAGUACAUGGAUAGCCUACUGGAGGUUGCCGUCGACUCGCUCCUCCUUACAUCUGGCUCUUCAACGACGUCUCUUCUCCCUGACCACGUACAGAUCGAAAAUUGGAACGAGCUUCGAUUGGACACCCUCGAUGUUCAGGCUCAUCCCGGCCACGGAGAAACUUCCUACGGGAUCAUGAACAAGUUUCACAUCCACCUCGACGGCGUUCGUCUCUUUGCGGAGGGAAUCGGAUACUACCUUCGUUACAAGGGUCUCCUUGGUUAUGAGGAUCAAGGCCUCCUGAGUGUUGGAGCAGGGCACAGGAACGCGGAAGGACAGGGGUUAUCCGUAGACAUUCAACUUGACAUGGAGUCGCUGGAGGAAGAAGAAAUUUUGGAAGGAUCUGUCGAGAGCUUGUUUCGUGUGGCGAACGUUGCCGUGGACGUACCAGGACUACAUUUCGCUAUCGACAAGAGCCGGCACUGGAUAUUGAAUAAGCUGAUACUUCAGCCGUUUUCGGGUCCCGUCGUGCGCAAGAUAGCGUCGAGUGUCCUGCAGGAACAAGUCCGCGGGGCGCUAGAUGCUCUGGGCCACAUAUUGUUCAAUGUUCGUCGUCGAGCGCAGGAGCACGCACGGCAGGUCGACCAAGACACACCGUCCCUGGACCACUAUUGGUACGGCUUGCUGGAAUCAUCUGGUAUUUCUGAGGAUAUCCUUGACGAUGAAGAUGUCGACGACGAGGAGACACUCGAGGAGGAGGAUGCCACAACAAAGACCAACUUGAACUUGACGACGAAGGGUAUCGUUCGAAAAACCGUCACAUAUGCAGAACCCGACGCAUCUAGUCCACCUACACCAGAAGAGGCGAUGAUCGCUGUCGGUGUUGGUCCACAAGUUAUUCAGGGUGUGGCUGGCGCAUAUGGAGAAGAAGAGCCGAUUCAGGGUCUGGCGAAAGUGAUGGACGACGUUGGGGAAGGAAUGGAGCAAGCAAAGGUAAAGUCGGCUGAAAUAGCGAGGGACGCAAGAGAGGAAGUGGAAGAUCUUCGGGAGGAUGCGACCCGUGCACAGUCGAAGCUGAAGGAGAGAGAACAUGUCGAGAGGCGGAGGAGAAGGUGGCGGAGUGCUGCUUUUGAUGUCUGAUUUUCC